AUGGCUUCCUCGGACGCGUCGCAGGAUCUCGAGAGCGCCGUCAAGAGGGCCGACUCUGCCCAACCCGGCGGCAGGAAAAGCGCCGACGCCCGCGCGACGCCGGCAGACGACGGCGCGGCUGGACCACGCGACGAGCACCUGCCGGCACGGGGCCGCGCGUUCGCCGAGGCACUGAAGCAGCGCGUUCCCAAUGGAGUUCGACGCAGGUCUGGGGCAACUCACCUGCCUCUGCGUCUGGUCGAUAAGCUUCUCCCGCGGCUGUGGCAACGUGCAAUCGCACUCCUGGUAUUCUACGUCUGCUGGAUCGCGACGUUCGGUGCCGUCAUGCACAAGUCAUCUGCUGUGGAUGAGGUCGAUGGUCAAGGGUCACCGUUCUUGGUCGGAUGCGGCGCUUCCUUCUGGUCGCAGAACAACGGGUGUGGUCUAGAUGGCAUCGAUUGCCAGCCAUUCGCGAACAGCUCGUUCGCAUUCCGGUGCCCUGCAAGCUGCAGCACCCAACAAGUACUCAACCCUCGCUACGUUGGCGCUCAAGAAGUCAUAUAUGAGACCUUGGUGGUCGGCGGCCCAACCUCAGAUGCCAAUGCUGGGUCUGAUGAUGCAUCUGGCUUUGUUUACAGGGCAGACUCCUUUAUUUGCUCUGCCGCCAUCCACGCUGGCGUGAUAUCAAACUCCCAAGGUGGCUGUGGGCUGGUGUCCCUCAUCGGCCAGCAGAGUAACUACCCUAGUGUGACUCGCAGCGGAAUUCGCAGUGUGGGAUUUGACUCGACUUUCCCAUCAUCUUUCACCUUCGUGCAAGGUAGUGGUGUGGCCUGCAAGGAUCUCAGAUGGCAGCUGCUCGCUGUCUCUGUUGUCUACACGACAAUCUUGUCUUUGUUCACCAAGUCUCCGUCGAUAUUCUUCUACUCCGUCCUCGUUGGGUGUUAUCUUCAGUCGGCCCUGGCCACAUCUACCCCCCAGUACGCCGACAUAUACACCCUGGUUUCGAUCGCUCUUGGCGAUCUUCUCCCAGCGUUAUUCAUCGCGCAGGUCAUGUUCACGCUCUACAUCCGCCGGACUCUGCUGGGCCUAACGGCUCAGGUUGAGAAAACCAUCCUGUGGCUUGGCCCAUGUUGGGUCGCUGCUCUCGCAGAUUACACCUUUGAGCUCAUUCCUCUGUCGAGACUCACAAGCCACGACAUUAACCAGCAACCAGGUGCAAUCGCCUCCCUGGUUAUCAUUGUAGUGGUCUUAUUUGUGGUGUUUGUCGGUCAGGCCUGGGCGUUUCGGAGGGAGGGCCGCCUCCUCCGCUACCUCGGGCUGUAUGUUUGUCUCGGUAUAUGCAUUGGCCUGUUGGCCGCAAUACCCAACGAGUCACUCCGUAUACACCACUACAUCCUUGGCCUCCUUUUGAUUCCAGGGACAUCAAUCCAAACAAGACCAAGUCUCGUGUACCAAGGAAUACUCGUCGGCCUCUUCAUCAAUGGCGUGGCCAAGUGGGGUUUUGACUCGAUCUUGCAGACGGCUGCUGCGCUUCAGGGUGAUGCCAUCAUGGGGACGGUGUUGCCUACUAUCACGGCCUCCAAUGUAACGGCGUCAAGUAUCACGUUCAGCUGGCCUAGCGUUCCCGAGGGCUACACUGGGGCAAGUGUUCUGGUCAACGAUGUGGAGCGUUAUCGGUCCGCACAAGGGGAGCAGUCUCUGACCUGGCAGAGAUCUAGUGGAGACGAGUCAUUGCCAGAGUAUUUCAGAUUCGCCUACUACGCCUUGUCUGCUGCAUAUGGCUUACAGAGUGGCGAUUAUACGAAAGCUGGAACCUGGCACGCGACUGGCACAUGGGAGCAGAUGGAGGCUGGGGCGAGUUAG